UGAUCCGAGGUCAGUUUGGUAAUUCCCCAAAGACGGCGAAGGUUUCCUAAAAACUGAUCGGAAGCUGACCCUGAAUCAGUUUAUCCAAAAACACCGCUAAGCUUGUUUUUAUAACGACGCGAAGGAAAACACAGACCACCAGCUGCAGCUCACAAAGAAGCCGACACGUUGCUGUUGUUAUUAAGCCAAAGUCCCAUCUUUAACCACCUACAAAACCUCUCAGAAAGGCACCAAAAUGGCCCCUGGACGGUGUUUGGGUUAGCGCGGCGCCACCGGAGCCACGUGGUCCUGCAGCAGCGAUGCAGGCCAACAACACGACCCGCGGCUUCCUGUGGUCGGACGUGGAGACGCGGACGCUGUUGAAGAUCUGGGGCGAGCAGGACAUCCAGACGGCUCUGGACGGCAGCUUCCGCAACAGCUUCGUGUACCGGGACGUGUCCCGCAGGCUGGCGGCCAUGGGCUUCGAGAGGACCCCGGAGCAGUGCCGGGUCCGCAUCAAGAGCCUGAAGAGGCAGUACCUGCUGGCCAAGGAGGGGAACCUGCGCAACAACGGCCAGUACCACAAGAUCUGCAAGUUCUACGACACCAUGGAGAGCAUCCUCAGCAACCGGCCGGUGCUGGGCGGCUGCGGGGCCGGGCCCGGCGGGGAGGAGGCCGGGGACGGGCUGGAGGAGGACGGGGAGGAGGACGGAGCCGGGUCCGAGGGAGAAGCGCUGUUCCCGGCGGAGACCGAGGUGAAGCUGGAGUACCCGACCGUCCCCAUCCCCAUCCCGGUCAAGGUCACCGUGGGGAACCACAGCACCUCGGCGAGGCCCCAGAACAGCGGUCAGACCGGCGGCAGCGUUUCCGCACGGACGUCCAAGCGGCCGAGGAAGCGGCGCUCCAACUUCCCCAUGGAGAAGCUGAUGGAGCAGUUCCUGGAGCAGAGCGCUCAGGCGGAGGACGGCUUCUACCGCAUGGAGGAGCAGCGGCUGCAGGCGGAGGACCGGCGCCGCGAGGCCGAGCACGCCCGGGAGCUGCACAUGCUGCAGAUGCUGGGCCAGAUGUUCUCCAGCGUGUCUGCUUCCCGGCCCGCCUCGGCGGCCACGCCCACCAAGGCGACGCCGCCCGUCCGCACGCCCGUCAUCUUCGGCGUCUCCCCGUCGCACCCGCACGCCUCGUCCGGCCCCCACCGGCGGCCCUCGCCCCCGACAGACGCUCACACCCAACAGAACCACUCGCAGCACCCAGACCCGCAGACCUUAGGGUUCGAGCGCUACUUCAGCCUGGGCUCGUCGUCGCAGAGAGGCAUGGAUGAAGAUCUGUUGUCGCUGGUGAAGAGCAUCGUCCCUCCGCUGACGUCCAAGAAGCACAAGGGGCAGGACGGCCGCAUCGGGAUCAUCGGGGGAUGCCAGGACUACACCGGCGCGCCGUACUUUGCUGCCAUCUCCGCGCUGAAAGUGGGGGCCGACCUUUCUCACGUGUUCUGCACCCGAGAGGCGGCGACCGUCAUCAAGUCGUACAGCCCCGAGCUCAUCGUGCACCCGGUCCUGGACAGCCCGAAUGCGGUGGAAGAAAUAGAGAAGUGGCUCCCGCGGCUCCACGGGCUGGUGGUGGGACCGGGACUCGGACGGGAAGAACUGCUACUGAAAACAACCAAGGAGGUGAUUGAGAGGUCCAAAGCGAAGGACAUCCCGAUAGUCAUCGAUGCGGACGGGUUGUGGCUGGUCACGCAGCAGCCGUCCGUCAUCCAGGGCUACCAGAAGGGCAUCCUCACGCCCAACUUCAUGGAGUUCACGCGGCUGUACGAAGCGCUGCACAACGAGCCGCUGAACGGCAGCGACCAUCAACGCAGUGUGCUGCAGCUCAGCGUUGCCAUGGGCAACCUCACCCUGGUGCUGAAGGGGGAACACGACCUCAUUUCCGACGGCAGUAAAGUGUACUCGUGCAGCACCGAGGGCAGCGGGAGACGCUGCGGGGGGCAGGGGGACCUCCUGUCCGGGUCGCUGGGAGUCCUGGCCCACUGGGCCCACGGCGUCUACGCAGGGAGAAGUGUGAACCCAUCGAUAGUCGCAGCAUUCGGCGCCUGCUCGCUGACCCGGCAGUGCAACCGCCAGGCGUUCCAGAGGCACGGCAGGUCCACCACCACCUCAGACAUGAUCCAGGAGAUCGGCCCCGCCUUCAGGAAGCUCUUCGAGAGCUGAAAACGGCCCCAACAUGUCGUGUAAAGCUAUACAGUAAAUGUUUAUUUGCUUUCUUAAUAUAGUCUUUUGAUGUGCUCGGAGCGACGUGUCCAUCCAAGGAUUCUGACUGAAGACGAUGGACUGGAUCUGACGGACGUGUAUUUGAUGGAACACUUUGAAAAGCGAGCUCUUAGCUCUGUCUCUGACGUAGUAUUACGGAUGCAUCCAAACGCCUUGAGGUCGCCAAACUCUUUGUGAGGCACCAAACAGACUGACGGUUACUUGGAAACACAGAAAACUAUAAGCUUCUCUGAAUUUUAGAUAAAGAAUAAAUAAGA